AUGAGAGUAAAGCUGGCCCAAAGGAAGGAAAAGUCACUCAACAAACUACCACCAAGCAAACCUGGCUUUGAGCAGCAUGUUUUACGGGUAUCAUGGCAAACCAGAGUGUGGGUGUCAUCACAUAUUGCCAAACCAGAUGUUGUAUCUCCUGUUGGACAUGGAUGGGAGACGAAUGAAGAAACUAGAAGACAAUCGACAAUUGGAGUAGCAACAUACCAAACAACAGAAACACCAAUGAAAACUGUAUCUACUUUUGAUACAACUGAAGGCACAUCGUCCCUGCAACAACAAUCGACAAUUGGAGUGGCAACAUACCAAGCAACAGAAUCACCAAUUACAAUUCUUUCUACUUUUGAUAUAACUCAGGGUACAUUGUCUAUGCCACGACACUCAACAAUUGGAGCUACAACUUCUCAAGUAACAGAAACACCAGUUACAACUUUACCUACUGUUGGUAUAAAUCAAGAGGAAUUUACAGAAUGUUAUGAAGAUCCGAAAGGCCGUGACUAUCGUGGAAUGAUCAACAUUUCAGAAAAUGGUUAUGACUGCCUUUAUUGGAAUGAGCUUGAUGACCGUUACUGGGUAACCCCGGAAAAAUUCCCAGAUACUGGUCUCGGUGAUCAUAAUUACUGCAGGAACCCAGAUAACGACCUCACUCCAUGGUGUUAUGUUGAUAACAGUUCUAUUGGAUGGGAUUUCUGUGAUGUGUCAAACCCCCUCGAAGAUUGCAGCACAUUGUCCGUUCCACGACAAUCAACAAUUGGAGCGUCAUCUUACCAAGUAACAGAAACAUCAGUUACAACGUCACCUGCUGUUGAUACAAAUCAGGAUAUAAGCACCGGAGAUGUUUUCACAGAAUAUGCUACGACGGAAGCAAUUGAAAAAACGCUUAGACCUUCGUUUGAGCCAGAGUUAACUUCCACAUCUGAAACAACACAAGCUGCGACCACAGACUUAAAAACCUCAAAUGAAUAUGUAACUAUAAUGGAAAAAGAUAUAACUUCGGCAGCUGAAACUACAUCAUAUGGUACAACAGACUCAGAAAUAACAACUAAAUAUAUGACCACAUACACAACAGAGUUAACGUCCAUAUCUGAAACAACAAAAGCUGGGACCACAUACUCCAGAAAUGAAUUUGCAACCACAAUCGAAAAAGAUUUAACUUCGACAGAUGAAAUUACAUCAUAUACAACAUACUCAGACCAUACAACUAAACAUAUGACCUCAUACAAAACAGAACAAAGCUCGGAGAUUGGCACUACAGACUAUUUUACCACAGAAUCCAAAAUAACAACAGCUAGCACUGCUUCACCUGGACCAGAUCACCCUUAUAUCGAUCAUGGCUGUAGUCGUUAUCAUGUGUACACUAAUAAGCUAAAUUGGUUUGAUUCAAAAAUCCAAUGCGAAAGAAAUGAUGGUGCGCUUGCCUCAUUGUACUUAGAAGAAAUAUUCAUAGCUGUUCGUUCAUAUAUUAUCAAUGGUAACUUCAAUCGUGGUGUAAAGGGUUAUUGGAUCGGGCUUACUGAUAAUAAUAGUGACGGUCUAUUCGAAUGGCUGAAUGACGAACCGCUUGGAUGGACGAAGCAAGUUGCCAAUUUUACCGAGUGUUAUGAAGAAGCGGAUGGAAAAGAUUACAGAGGUGUUGUUAACACGACGAUGAAUGGAGAAGAAUGUGCAAUUUGGACUUCUGACAACACGCACCAGCACGGGAAAACGCCCGAAAAUUACCCGGAUUCAGGACUCGGAGACCACAAUUACUGCCGGAAUCCAGACGGAGAUAUGGGGGCAUGGUGUUACACAACGAAUCUCGACAUUCCUUGGGAGUUCUGUAACAUUGGGCCUCCCCGAGAAGAUUGUAGUGCAACGACAAUUGAACCGAACGAGACAGCAAUAUUAACGACACCAUAUCGCACAUUUUCUGGUGAAACAACAUCAUUGUCAGACGUGAAUGUUAACACAUCAUCUCGAACAAAUGCAGAACAUGAGUGUUACACACGUGCGGACGGAAGUGAUUAUCGCGGACUAGUCCAUGUAACGUCCAUGGGAAUAAAUUGUCAGAAAUGGAGUUCUCAGAGUCCGCACCCGCACAACAGACUUCCUUACCUCUACCCAAAUGCUGGUCUAGGAGAUCAUAAUUACUGCCGAAAUCCCGACGGAGAAAUGGGAGUAUGGUGUUAUACUAUGAACCCUGAUAUUCGACGACAACAAUGUUCAAUUGGGAAUUCUAUGGAAUCAUGUGGGAACGGAGAAUGCUUCGUAGAAACUGAUGGGAGUGAUUAUCGGGGGUUGAUCCAGAAGACUGUUCAUGGGAAAUUGUGUCAGAAGUGGACUGCACAGUAUCCCCAUUCUCACAACACGAUCGAUGUAAACUUCCCAAAUUCUGGCCUGGGAGAUCAUAAUUAUUGUCGAAAUCCUGAUAGAGAAAUUGGAGUUUGGUGUUAUACCACUGACGUGAAUACACGCAAAGAGCUUUGUGACAUUGGCGAACCAAGUGACACAUGUGGUACAACUAUUCAACCGGGAAUAACUACAACUGCGAUUCCAUCAGAUAUAAGCACUGAGACCCAAGGGGAAGGAAGUACAACCAUAAUCCCGAUGUUGAAAACAUCCCCAAUACCAAAAGAAAGUACCUCUGAAAGACCGAGCGACGUGGUAACAACUGCAAAUGAAAGAGAAUUAAAACACAGUGACUUUUCUCGGCAUAUAUUGCGAUCGCCUGCUCCGUGA